UCGUACUUUAGAGAUGAAGGCAUUCACAUUCAUCUUCUCUUCUUUCCCACAACUUUGAAUAGUAUUCUCUCUCUCUCUCUCUCUCUCUCUCUGAAAAUGAAUCUCUAUCCCUUGCAAAAGAUCUCUUUUCUCCUUGUGAUCACAAGUACUAUAUGCCUAUUGUAUAUUCCAAGAUCUUUGGGUGAGGAGGAUGAUGAGCAAUACCUCAACUGCAGCGCUUCGUUUCAAUGCGCAAAUAUUCUGAAUAUUGGUUACCCUUUUUGGGGAUCAAGCCGACCCGAUUAUUGUGGCUACCCGGAAUUCAAGUUGAACUGCACCGGGGAUGCCCCGGUGAUCUCAUUCCAGGACGAAGAUUAUAGAGUCCUGGAUAUCAACCAAAGUGCAAGUACUCUUAGAAUCGCUAGGACAGACUACUGGAACAACGUUUGUCCUGUGUCACCUGGCAACACCACAAUAGAAGUAAACCGUGUAGAAUAUGCUUCAGAUGUUCAAGAACUAUUGCUGUUCUAUGACUGCCCCCCACUCAAUAUUCCUCUUCCAAUUCAGCUAACAAGUCAGUUCAACUGCAGCAUAAACAGCACUGCCAAUUACAUCAAUUACUUUGUCACACAAAACCUCACGAAUUCUGGGCUCACGAAUAUUAGUAGUACCUUUGGAACGUGCCACACGACCGUCACUGCCCGCGUUUCGCAAUCAGCGCGUGAAAAUUUGGCGAUGAAUUCCACCAAGGACAAUCUAGUUGCCGUUCUUGAUUCUGGGUUUGGGUUGAAAUGGGAUGCAAGUAAUAACUUGUGUAAGCAAUGUAACGAAACUGGUGGUCAGUGCGGGUACAAUACAUCUACAGCUGAGUUCACCUGCUAUUGCAAGGAUGGACCUAAUCCCUCGAACUGUGCAGUAUAUAGUCUGGUCUAGAAACAAGUGAGGGGCCAAAGCAAGAUUGGGUUUUUGAGUUGGGUCUCAGAAGAAGAUGAAGUUAGUUUUGAUGGACAAACAGAAUUUUCUUAGGUGGGUGCAAGAUUUGUGCCAGAUUGAGUCCUUUUGCAGCUCCUGCUGCAUCUGGUACAAAUUCAGAGACAUUAGUGCAGAGUGUGCUCUCCUAAACUUUGACCUAUACCAAACAUUUUCUUACUCUUCUAUUUCACCCAAAUUCCUUUCACAUAGCCAUGGAAAACCCAUGCGGCAUUCCAUUGGAAACUUCAAUUUUGGUUCUUCUGGUCUUUUAAUAUCAUCUUCCCCAUUAGCCAGGCUGGCCAUUUCCGUGCCAAAACAAAACCAAAUGAUUCAUACCACGUGUUAUCUAUGCUGCUAUGACAUUUACUAGAAUGACCUUCUCUGAAUUUAGAAAAUUGUAUGAAUUUGUUUAGCUUUUGGACUAGUCACAACGCACAGAAAAUUCCCUAGGUACAAGUCAAAGAAAUUCAUUUCCGUGUUUGAUGUUUGUUGAAUGAAAU